UAUUAUCCUUUGCACAAAUAUGCACCUCUUUAAUCAUCACCUCAAUUUUACUCCAAAACACAAACACACCCUCUCUCUAUAAUUUACCACUCAUUUCAUCGCCGGAAAACACAUCUCCGAUCAUUCACCACUCCGAUCCACCGUUUUUUAACCUGAGAUGCGACGUCGCAGCUUUCACCUUCCAAAUUCAUUAGCUUAGGGUUAGGGUUCUCAAAAUGUUCAAGAAAUUAAUGAAAGGAGGGCAGAAGAAGCCCUCCAAAUCCGAUUCAACAGACGGAUUUGGUCCACCGGCGAACACCACCGUUGAUUCAUCGGCGGUCGUCAUACCACCACCGUCAGGAACAAUCGAAGCGCUUCCAUUGUUUCGCGACGUACCGGUAUCCGAGAGACAGAAUUUAUUUCUCCGGAAGCUUCAGAUUUGUUGCCACACUUUAGAUUUCACCGAUACGUUGAAAUCGGUUCGAGAGAAAGAAAUCAAGAGACAAACUUUGAUGGAAUUGGUUGAAUUUAUUCAAUCUGGUUCGAGUAAGAUAUCGGAGAUUUGUCAAGAAGAGAUGAUCAAAAUGGUUUCGAUGAAUAUUUUCCGGUGUCUUCCUCCGGCGUAUCAUGAGAAUACUGGACAAGAUGCUGCCGAUCCAGAAGAGGAGGAGCCGUGUUUGGAACCGGCCUGGCCGCAUUUGCAGCUUGUUUAUGAGCUUCUGCUUAGAUAUGUGGUUUCAUCUGAUACUGAUACGAAGGUAGCGAAACGUUACAUUGAUCAUUCAUUUGUGCUUAAAUUGCUUGAUUUGUUUGAUUCUGAGGAUCCCAGAGAGCGUGAAUAUGUUAAAACGAUAUUGCACCGUGUUUAUGGAAAAUUUAUGGUUCAUAGACCCUUUAUUAGGAAGGCUAUUAAUAACAUAUUUUAUCGGUUUAUUUAUGAAACUGAGCGACAUAGUGGAAUUAUGGAGCUUCUUGAGAUUCUUGGGAGUAUAAUUAAUGGGUUUGCGUUGCCGAUGAAGGAGGAGCACAAGUUGUUUCUUGUGCGAGCGUUGUUGCCUUUGCAUAAACCGAAACCGGUUGCUGUGUACCAUCAGCAGUUGUCUUACUGCAUUUCGCAGUUUGUUGAGAAGGAUUUUAAGCUGGCGGAUACGGUUAUUAGGGGUUUGUUGAAGUAUUGGCCGGUGACUAAUUGUCAAAAGGAAGUUCUUUUUCUCGGGGAACUGGAGGAAGUGCUGGAGGCUACCCAAGCUGCGGAGUUCCAACGCUGCAUGGUUCUUCUUUUUAGACAGAUUGCUCGCUGCCUCAAUAGUCCACAUUUCCAGGUCGCAGAACGAGCCCUCUUUUUGUGGAAUAACGAGCACAUCGUCAGUUUAAUUGCCCAAAACAGGACUGUAGUAUUGCCCAUAAUAUUUGAAGCAUUGGAGAAAAAUGUCCAGAGUCAUUGGAACCCAGCUGUAAAUGGGUUGACUGUGAAUGUUAGGAAAAUGUUCCUUGAAAUGGAUGCUGAAUUGUUUGAAGAGUGCCAGAGGCAGUAUUUGGAAAGAGAGGCUAAAGCCAAAGAGGUGGAAGAGCUGCGGGAAUUGAAUUGGAAGAGACUGGCAGAUGCGGCUGCACAGAAUGGGGCGGAUAUGAUCACAGCUUAGCCAAAUUAAAAUUAUUUUACUGCCCUAAAUGGGAUCGUUCAUUGGAUAGGCGGAGGAUUAUAUUUUAUAUGCACUCCUUGCCAUUUUGGUGCCAUUAUUGAUUGGUUUCUUUCUCCCCUCUGUAAUUUAUUUUUGCUCUCCAUUUUCUUCGUUGGAUAAUCAGAAAGUUAAAGAAAGCAGUGAUUAUUGUAAGAUAAAAAUGUAUUAGACGUAAGCAAUGUCUGCAGAUUAAGAAUGUUUUGUGAAAUACUUGUAUUUAUUUCCCGUACAGAAAGAUACGGAAAUUUUCUUUUCAUUGUUACAACAAAUAUGCAUUUUUUUUAGGUGCGACAAGUUCUUCCCACCUUUUUGUGCUUGAUCUGUACUUUGAUUGGAGUCGUUUUGCAAUAAAGCUAAGGUUGGUUA